AUGUCAAACAAACCGUGGCUUUAUCAUUAAAGCGAAGUUGAUAUAAGCGCAUCCAUAAGCAAAAAUUUUAAUUUUGAUAAGGAACGGGAUUUUACAAAGAAACGCGCAAAUUGCCUGACAGACGGUGCACAGUCGAGUGUUUUUGUAUCUCGUCCUUCCGAAACGAGAGCUCAAGAUGGGUGUGCCGAAAUUCUUUAGAUACAUAAGCGAGAGAUACCCUUGCCUCAGCGAGGUCAUAAAGGAACAUCAGAUACCAGAGUUCGAUUAUUUGUAUUUAGAUAUGAACGGUAUCAUACACACGUGUUCGCAUCCGAAUGACGAUGUCUGUUUCCGUAUUUCGGAGGAGGAUAUUUUUAAGAAUAUAUUUCACUAUAUAGAAGUGUUAUUCAACAUGAUACACCCACAAAAGUUGUUCUUCAUGGCGAUAGAUGGUGUAGCACCUAGAGCUAAGAUCAAUCAGCAGAGAGGUCGACGAUUCAGAGCAGCUAAGGAUGCGGAGGUUCAAGAGGCUAAAGCCAAGGCGAAGGGUAUUGAGAUACCUAAAGAGAAGAGAUUUGAUUCAAACUGUAUAACUCCGGGAACACUUUUUAUGGCUAAACUUGGCGAGCAGCUCAAACGUUUUGUGGAAUAUAAAAUUUCUAUGGAUGAUGCUUGGAAAAAAUGUAAAAUUUUGUUCAGCGGGUCUGAGGUUCCUGGAGAGGGAGAGCAUAAAAUUAUGGAUUACAUAAGAUAUAUGAAAGCUAGCGAAGAUUACGACUGUAAUUCUAGGCAUUGUUUAUAUGGUCUAGAUGCUGAUUUAAUAAUGUUAGGUCUUUGUUCUCACGAGCCGAAUUUCUCUCUUUUAAGAGAGGAGGUGAAAUUUGGUAAACAACAAGUAAAGAUGACUCCUGAGGAGACAAAGUUCUGCCUUCUUCACUUGUCGCUUUUACGAGAAUAUAUAGAGCAUGAAUUUUCGCCAAUCAAAGACAAAUUGUCUUUUCCAUUCGAUAUUGAGAAAAUAAUCGACGACUGGGUUUUAAUGGGUUUUCUCGUGGGAAACGAUUUUAUUCCCCAUUUGCCAAAUUUACAUAUUACCAAUGGUGCACUGCCAAUUCUGUACUGUGCAUACAUGGAAGUAUUGCCAACACUCGAAGGUUAUAUAAAUGAAGCAGGAACAUUAAAACUGGAUCGUUUUGAAAAGUUUAUGGAGAAACUUAGUCGUUUAGACUUAGAACAAUUUAAUGAACAUUACGCGGAUUUAAAAUAUUUUGAAGGUAAAACAGGCAGACGGCCUAAUGAAACUGAACGUCAUGUGUAUAAGAAAUCGGAAGAUGAUGAAAACAUAGUUCAGAAGACACAAAACAAAGAUUUAGAUGCUCUAAUUAAAAGUACUGCGGAAAUGUCUGUAGGUCAUUUCAAUGAUGAUGAUGAUGAUGAUGAAGAUAGUGAUUAUAUAAUUGAUGUGGAUACUAUGGAUGAUGAAUCUGAUAGUGAUAUAUACAAUAUGGAAUUUGUACAACAUAAAAGAGAUUAUUAUAUGAACAAAUUGGAAUACAAAAAUGUCGAUGCAGAAGUUUUACGUUUACAAGCCGAGGGCUAUGUAAGAGCGAUACAAUGGAAUUUGCAUUAUUAUUAUCAUGGAUGUUGUAGCUGGUCAUGGUAUUAUCCACAUCAUUAUGCCCCAUACAUUUCAGACAUAAAAGAUUUUAAGGAUUUGAAAUUAGAAUUUGAUUUGGGAGAACCAUUCUUACCUUUCCAACAAUUAUUAGCUGUGUUACCUGCAAAUAGUAAGGAUCUAUUACCAAAGGCAUUCCAAUUGCUAUUGACGGAAGAGUCUUCUCCUAUUGUAAAUUAUUAUCCACAUGAUUUUAAAACUGAUCUAAAUGGAAAAAAGCAGGAGUGGGAAGCAGUUGUGCUUAUUCCAUUUAUCAAUGAAAAGUUGUUGUUGGCUGCUAUGCAGCCACACUUACCGAAAUUAACGGAUGAAGAAAAAACAAGAAACAAACAUGGGCCAAUGUGUUUAUAUUCGCAUAGUGAUGAAAUUCGAAGUGUUCAGAAGGCAACUAUAUACUUUCCGGAAUUUACCAAUUGUGCUCAUUUAAAUUUAAUAAACCGCGACGAAAUUUUUGUGCCGAGAGAACAAUUAGUCGCAGGAUUGUCCUCAGGUUUCGAUCUCGAUGUUUAUUAUCCAGGAUUUCCUAUAUUGCGACACUUACAGCAUACAGCGCAUUUAGAAAAAGCGAAGGUCAAAGUAUUUCAACAGCCAUCAAUGGGAGAAAAUAUGAUUUUAAGUAUAAUAUCAAAAGAAACCCCUGAUUUACUGACCUUGGCAUCGAAGUUAUUGGGAAAAAGUGUGUACGUGGAGUGGCCUCAUUUGAAGGAGGCUUUCGUGAUUGGCGUGGCUGACAACAGAGUGAAAUUCAGUUUAAUUAAUCCACUAGAGGGUUAUAGUAAUAAUAAUUUGAAAAAAGAAGAAGUAAAGGAUUUGUUGGCUGCAGAAUGGAGUACACAGAAUAAACAAAUUCGAGAAACACAUAUGUCGCGUCUUGGGAUAGAUGUAGGCGAUACGAACGUGUUGCUUUUCGCCCGCACAUACUUGGGUAGCAAGUACAUUUUCGGUGUUCAGGGAAAAGUAACAUUUGAGAAACAAUGGAGCGAUUUUCCCAUGGCUUACGCUUAUCAGACUGUGGUUGAAGACAUUUCUGUCUACAGCAGAAAACUACCGGUCUACAAAACUAUGCAUGAUAUUUUUGUACCAGGCACUUUCUGUUUUAUGUUGGGACAUCCCUAUUAUGGCGCGAUGGGCGAGGUCGUGCAACAUAAGGACUAUCCAAAGCCACGCAGAAUCAAAAUUUCUAUAAAAACUACAAAAGAGCCAACAUUUGAGAUCGUUAAACAAGAUUAUACACAACAAAAGACUCGAUAUAUGCAUGGCAGUAUUGCUGCGCAACGUCUGGGCAUAAGUAGUCAUCUUUUAAGUAGAAUUACCGGCACAAUCUAUGUCAUACAAGCGUCGAAAGAGGAAGUUGCCAAACAUAACGUUGGAUUGAAUUUGAAGUUCAAUAAAAAGAAUGAAGAGAUGCCUGGGUAUACAAGAAAGGAGAAUAGUCAAUGGCUGUACAGUGCAAAAGCAGUUGAAUUGAUUCGCAAUUAUAUGAUAAAAUGUCCCAACUUGUUUGAACGUUUGGCUCAAAAUGUAACAAAUGACAUUUUCCAAGAAGAGGAGCUAUUCGACAAGGGAUCGGAUGAACUGAAGGACACAGUCGAAUGGCUGAAGACACAAUUGAAUGGUAUAGAAAGUCGCGCCUGUGGGAUGGAUAUCGUCGAACCGGAACUAGUGAAACUGAUCGAGCAAGAAAUAGAGGAAUACCUAAAGAUUCAAUAUACCAAUGUGGUUUUUAUACAAGUGAAACCACACUUGCUCUUCAAACCUGAAUUACAUCUGCGUAGUGUGCCGCCCGAUCCGAAUUCUCAGAAUCGUUUGUUUGACAGGAUAUGUUGCGUUCGAAGCGGUUUCAGUGUUCCUCUCGGGACCAAGGGUACUAUAAUAGGAGUACGAAAAGCGAGUAAUCCCGCAGAUAUUAUGUACGACGUUUUGUUCGAUCAGCCUUUCAUCGGUGGGCUUACAUUAAGCGGUUGCUCUGCGUUUCGCGGCUAUCGUUUGGCAGCCACGGACUUUAUAAAUAUCAGUUUCGGCGAAAGAAGCGAGCAAAAAAAUUCAGCGAACGAAUCGACAGAUUGUCGCAAACAGACCGCAAAUCCAGCUUCUCCUAUUAAAAAGAAUCAAAACGAUCAGUCAUCGAAGUCGUAUCCGCAGAUGCAUCUCGCUAAGAAAGGACUCGAAAAAUUAAGUAGAGACAUUCGUUUGGGUAUGAUGGUACAACAAAAUACGGUAGAAUCAGGCUCCAAGACGAUGCCUUAUGCGGCAUUACCUCAAAAUCCUCGACAAAACGUGCCAUCUAAUCAAACGUCCGAGUUCCAAGCGCUUUGGGAUGAAUUGCACAAGAUACAGAAACCAAACGAACCACCUGAGAAAAUAGUAUCGAAUCCUAUGAUGCCUAGGGUCAAACCAUUCGGCAACAAUCAUAAUGUGCAAUCGCAAGAUCCUAGCGCAUUCUUGAAAGCUAUGCUAAAGAUUCCCGAUGUAAAUGCGCAAACGAGUAAGCAACAGACUAAACACUCUACAACUGUGGCGACGCUUCAAAAAGCGUCAGUUUCACAAAAAGAUCAAACAUUAAAUCCCCCACCAUUGGUACAACAAAUGUUUGAUCACGCCAGACGAACGGAACAAAAAAAAGAGAAAGCACAUUCAGUUUGGUAUAGCACACAAUUAUUGCAACAUUACUCAUACAGCGCAGUUGGCUUGCCAAAGUAUAAUUAUAUCAUCGAUGAAAAGACGGGAUUGAUUAGCGCUCAUAUUAUGAUAGAUCGUGCAAUUUUUAAGGGCGAUCCUUGCGUCACUCAAGAACUAGCCACAGAAAGCGCUGCGAAACGAGCGUAUAAGGCGUUAAAUUUAAAUAAGAUACCGACUCACGAUGCGAAAGUCGUAAUGGCGCCUCGACCACAAUGGUAUAACAAUCAACAGAAUAACUGGGUCCAAAAUAUCCGACCUCCUAUGAUGCCACCCAUGGGACCUCCGAAGAUGCCACCAAUUCCACAAAAUCUACUUAUGCAACCUAAUAUGUUCUAUCCGAAAUGGAACCAGAAAAUGCCGCCAAAUCCAGCGUUUGGUCAAGCUGCGUCGUACAAUCAAGGCAGGCAACAGCAAAUGAAACAAGGUCCACAAAAAGGUCCUCAGAACGGGCCGAAGAUGGAGAUUAAGAAUAGUACCGCGUUCGUGCCAUUGCAAGCACAGAAGAAGAGUAGAAACGCCACUGUGAAACAAGCUGCAAAAGAGAGCAAUUCGUCAAAUGCUAGAAAAAAUUCGAGCCCUAAAGCGCAACAGCAACAGCAGAAGAAUGAAGAAACGUCACCCAAGAAAGAAAAACAAGAAAUUGUACAUAAAGGUAGAGAGAAGACGCAUGCAAACGAACCGCAACAACAGCUACCGCAACAACAGCCGCAAUAUAAUGCAGGAAAAUCGUCCAAACCCAGGAAAUCGCGUGUCGCCGCAAAAUUCGGCUCGCCGCCUUUAUCAAACGGCGGCGAACCUCAGUGAAAAUUCUAUUCUGUCUUCUGAUGGAAUAAAUCUUUACAAAUUCAAUAUGUACAUACAAGAUGAUAAUAUCGAAAUCCUAUCACGCGUUCGUUUUCUACAUUUUAUAAUAAAAUCGAGCAGUUUUCUUUGAAGAUUUCCAAACGGGCCAGUUUAUCUCUUAUCAUGAAAACAUCGAUUUUUACAUGCGUUGAACAUCUUUCGUACUUAGAUAUAAAAUCGCAUCAAAUAAUUUGUAGAUCCUUUUUCGAAUCAAAUGUACAUACACACAUACACACACUGAACUUAUAUACGUAACAUACGUAAAAAUGUAAGUUAGAAUGAUUAGUUGAGUUUUUAUUUUGUAUUUUUUACAUUUUGCUAUGUAUUAGCUAUGUAUCAUUUGUACUUGUAAAUUCUUAUGUUCUGAUAGUGUGAUAUUUCAUCAGAAUACUCUAUGAUUAGUAAUUUUAUUUUUUUAUGAGAGUGCUCGAAAAUUAUUUAUUCAGAUAUAUUUUCGCGUAACUAUAGAAAAUUACAAUGUUUGAUGGUAUGCACAAAACCUUGAAGCAAAAGUAUAUCAUGAAGAUUUUGAUAAUGAUA